CCCUUAACACAGCAUAUUCCUUUCUCUCUCCCAUCAAAUAAAAACCUCUUUGAAAAAAUAACGAAAGAAUUUUUUUUUUGGAAAAAAUAACCCUAAUUUCCGUCUCCGUAAUCUGAAUCUCUUGAUCUCCACAUGCAAUUUUCUUUCCUUGUCAUUUAAGGUGCUUUUUUCUCUAAGGGUGGUAAACUUUACCACCCAAUUUGCUCAGUUCAGGAAAAAAAAAAAAAAAAAAACAAAAGGUUAAGGUUUCUGGAUUGGGCAUAUAGCUGAAGUCCAAAGUAUGCGGAAUACUUGGUUGUUUUUCAUGGAUUUAGAUGGAGGAGGGUCUCCAUAUAUUUUUCCCAUGGAGCCCUUUGUUUCUAAUGGUUUGGGAGCUCACUUGUUUUCGCAGUUUAGUUCGUUUGUUGACAGCUCUUUGUACCAUUCUAAACAUUUGUAUGUACCUGGUAGUCUCGCAUUUCGAGAAGCUUUUAGUUGUAUGUCGAAGUUUACAGGGGCUAUACUGUUUUGGUUCUCUAGUAUGUCAACUUCGAAGUUGAGUAGGGAUAUAUCAUCUGGUAAUCAACGUGGUUUGGAAUCUAGGAGUUGUGAAUCUUCAGUUCUGGUUAAGCACAUAUUUUCUUGUAAGAAUAAUCUUGCCGGAUAUCGGUUUGCCUCUGAUUCAAGAGGCCUAUUUGCCACCCCUCUUGUUUUUGGUAAAAUUUCGAGUUAUGCAAUGAGAAGCUUCUUUGGAGAAGCAGAAGCACUCCGACACAUUCCUUUGCUAUCAUUAGCUGCAGCUUUGAUACCACCAUUAGACAACUUAUCUUCAAAGGUACUACCUGUUCCACUUGAUAACACUGAACUUCAAAUGCAAGAACUCAUGGAUCGAAGGCCUUGUGAAGUUGGUCAAGGAUGCGGCAGUCUAUCUUUUCUAGAUUUGAACCGGAGACGACAUGCUAUUGAACCCAGAACUGGCAUUGAGUUCCCAACAAUAUUGGAUAACAUAUUAGAUACACAGAAUAAUUCUAGUUUAGCUUCUGAGGUGCUUGUUGGUACUGGAUCAAGAACCAUGAAGAUCAUCAAAAUUAAGUCUCUGAAGGUGUAUGCAUUUGGUUUUUAUAUUCAUCCAUACUCUGUUUGCAAGAAAUUGGGUGCAAAGUAUGCCUCUAUUCCAGUGGAUGAACUGAACAAACACAAUGAACUUUAUCAGGAUCUUCUUAGCGAGGAUAUUGGUAUGACUGUAAGGCUAGUUGUUAACUGCAAUGGGAUGAAAGUCAAUACAGUAAGAGAUGCAUUUGAAAAAUCUCUUCGUGCUCGUUUAGUAAAGACAAAUCCCAACACUGAUUAUCGCUGCCUCAGUACAUUUGGUUCCUACUUCACUCAAGAUAUUCCAUUGCCUGCAGGAACAAUAAUUGACUUUCAGCGGACAGCUGAUGGACACCUAAUUACCAAAAUCGGAGGUAACCAGAUUGGAGCAGUCCAUAGCAAGGAUUUAUGCAGGGCUUUCUUUGACAUGUACAUCGGCGAUUUCCCGGUGUCGGAGCAAACAAAAGAAGACAUUGGCCGGAACGUGGCAAACAUUAUAAGGAGAUGCUGAAGUGGCUUGUUUUCCGUCGCCAUUUUCUCAAAUUUUAAAUGAGCAAAUGGCUAGUGGCAUGAGGAACUCAAAAUCUUUUAUGGAUGUUUAUACGGGUACUUUAGAGGAAGUGGCUGAUGAACACAAGCAAUGGGACAACCAGAAAACUCAAAUGUUCUAUGGUUUUUGUUAGGGUAGUUUUAAUUAUUACUACAUUCUUUGUAGAUUUGGGGAUAAACAUCAGUUAAAAGAGAUGUCCCUAUUAUAUAUUGUCAUCAUUUUUUUUACUACACGUAGUCAAGUUAUGUUUCUUGAGAAAACAAUUAAUUACUUUAUCAAAACCAAAUCAAAUCGAUAAUUAAGAGGGAAAA